GGACAUCUUGACCAUGUGAGAACACGCAGGCUGUAACAGCCUGCGCAGGCCCAAUAUAACUCGUUCCGCGGUUGUCCCCACCGAGCCUACUCCGACUCCCGCAUAGAGGCUAUACGCCUUCUUCUCUAACCUCACUCGCUGAGUCCGCCUCAGGAUGAGUGUCAUCACUGUAGGCAACCUGUUGCUCUCGCUGAGUCUCGCUGCGUUGGGAUACGGGCUUUACAAGCUCGUCGAGCUCUUGGUAGCGCCCCUCUUCUCUCCCCUGCGCAACUUGCCCGGACCGCCCAGCCCCAGCUUCAUAUUUGGCAACCUGAAGGAGAUCUUUGACGCAGAGAACUCCGUGCUGCAUGAGGCUUGGACAGACAAGUACGGCAACACAUUCAAGUAUAAAGCAUGGUUCAAUCAAGACAGGCUAUACACGCUCGACACGAGAGCAUUGAACCAUGUCCUCAGUCACUCUAUCGACUACCAGAAGCCGUCGCUUGCGAGGUUCAACCUCGGCGAGAUCUUAGGCGAAGGACUUCUGGUCGUAGAGGGCGAGCAGCAUCGCCAGCAGAGACGGAUCAUGAACCCAGCGUUCGGACCCGCGCAAAUCAGAGAGCUGACAGAAAUCUUCGUUGAGAAAGCCAUCCAGCUACGCGACGUCUGGGACGCAGAGAUAACCCUGGCAGGCGAGCCGGCGAGAAUCAACGUCCUCAAAGGUCUCAGCAAGAUGACCCUCGACGCGAUCGGCCUCGCCGGCUUUAACUACCAGUUUGACUCUCUCAACACGGAGGGCAAGUCGAACGAGCUCAAUGCGGCGUUCGAGGUCAUGUUCCGCUCAAUCGCACGAUUUUCGCUCUUUCCGCUGAUCAAGGCCUACGUUCCGCCCCUCCGCAUCAUCCCCGACGCGCGCUCGAAGCGAAUCGCCACCGCGCAGAAGGCCAUGCGCCGCAUCGGGCUCUCACUUGUCGCGGAGAAGAAGGCGGAGAUCGUGAAGGCUGUCAGCACGGGCGAGAAGGGCGGCGACACUCUACACAGCCGGGACUUGUUGACGCUGCUCAUCAAGGCGAACAUGGCUACUGACAUUCCAGAGAGCCAGCGACUUUCGGACGAGGAUGUUCUGGCCCAGGUACCGACAUUCCUCGUAGCCGGGCACGAAACGACCUCCAACGCGACCACCUGGUGUCUUUACGCGCUCACGCAAGCGCCGCACGUACAGCAGAAGCUGCGCGAGGAGUUGCUCGGCAUCUCAACGGACAACCCGACGAUGGACGAGCUGAACGCGCUCCCGUACCUCGACGCGGUCGUGCGUGAGACAAUGCGAGUGCACGCACCGGUGCCGUCCUCGAUCCGGGUUGCCGUGCGCGACGACGUAAUCCCGCUCAACACGCCGUACGUCGACGUCGACGGUCAGGUUCACGACGUUAUCCACGUGAAGAAGGGCAGUCCGAUCUUCAUCCCGAUCCUUGCCAUCAACCGGUCGAAGGAACUCUGGGGCGAGGACGCGUUCGAAUUCAAGCCGGAGCGGUGGGAGAACGUGCCAGAGGCCGUACAGAGCAUCCCCGGCGUGUGGGGCAACCAGAUGAGCUUCCUUGGCGGGCCUCGGUCCUGCAUCGGAUACCGCUUCUCCCUCGUCGAGAUGAAGGCACUCAUCUUCACCCUCGUUCGCGCUUUCGAGUUCGAGCUCGCUGUGCCCGCGAUCGAUAUUAUCAAGAAGGCGACGGUGGUGCAGCGCCCCAUGGUCAAGAGUGAGAUGGAUAAGGGGAACCAAAUGCCGCUCCUGCUCAAACGGUAUCAGAGAGUUUGACCAGAUGUACAAUGACCAUGCCUUGU